UAGUUUAGUACCUAUGAAACGUGCAAUCAUUUGACAUUUGAAGUUUGAAAUAGUGUAGUAGGUAUGGUUAUUGGCGACGAAGUAUAGUCUGGCUAAGUUUGAAAGUGAAAUGUUGCUUAUAAUGUAGUGAAUUCCAGCUAUCUCCGUUUUUUACAAGAUUAUAGCCGUCAUCUGCACGUUUCAUACAAUCGAGUCAAUCGCAUAUAAUCGUAGUCAUUGAGAGUUUCGCUAGGUAUUGUCAAUCAAAACACUCUUGAAAGCAAUGGAAGCAGCUAACAAUAUAACAAUGGAUUUGAUUGAUGAAGACGACGAUAAUUUUGAUCCAAUACAUGACAUUAUUGAUUUUUUAGUUAGAAGUGCUAAAAUAUCAUUUAAAAAUUCCCAUACUAAUGAAAAAGAUUUGAAAACUGUUGAAAAAGCUUCUUAUGCAUUUGGAAUGUACCAAAAGUCACCAUUACAAUUUCUACUUCAGUUUGGAAAAUAUUUCUCUCGAAAUCAUUUGACUUAUUUUGAGUCAUCCUUUCAUUAUAAAGCUGAUAAAGAAUUUAGGGACUGUGUGGACCACUUAAAAGUUUAUCAUUCUGAAGAAAUUAAAAACAAGAGGGUAAGAAAUAGGAGAUAUAAAGCAUUAAAGAAACUACAAGAUGAAUCUGAUUACUUUAGUGAAAAACAAAUGAUGUUCCGAAAUCCUUUACUAUAUGAACAGUUGAUAGGGCAGUAUCUUACGGAUGAUGAAAUACAAGAGAGGGAUGCAGUUGACAAUGACAAUUUGACACUACUUACUUUAAUUUUGGACACAGUUGACAGAAAUGAAAUGAGAGAAAUUAAAAACAAACAAAUACUGGUUGAAGAAUCUGUAAACAAAUCAAAUGAUGGUCAACAAACUGUUGGAAGAAGUACAACAAAUAAGCAUUGGGGAGAUUUUGAUGUUCCUGAUACAAUAGAAAGUACACAAGAGAACCGAAAACAAACAAUGAUUGGUGCAAAUGAAAGGAAUUUAUUAAGAGAAGAGUUUCUCAAUGAAAUGUAUAAUAGUUUUAUUGAUGGCAGGGAUUUUGAGUUUGAUUACAGCACUAUUGACAAUAAUGAGGAUUAUGAUGAUCUUGAACAAAUUUCUCAAGAUGCUCAGGAUAGGUACUUUGACUCUGAGCCAAAUGACAGUGAAACACUAGAGCAACAUAUGGCCUUAGUUCAUGAAUAUGGCACCCAAGCAGAUAAACAAGACAAUGGUGAUGAUCCCUUAGAUACUUUUAUGAAUCACAUAACAAAAAUUAACAAUAGGUAAAGGUUAGUGUCUUACAAUUGCCAGAAGGGUUGUUUACUCAAUACUUGCGAGUAUUAGAUCUUUUUUGUUGUAGAUAUUAUUGCAUAUAUAUAUAAGAAAAGUGCACAAAUUGUACAAAAUUUGCAAUAUACCUGAUUGAGACUGUCAAUAAGAUAUUGUUCUGUAGAUUUUCUCUGGCAGUUGUUAAUACAACACUACUUAGUUUAAGAAAAAAAUUAUGUAUCUGUAGCUUUGUAGAAUACAGACAGAACUCGAACAGUUUACUCAGGUGGUAAGAGCACUAGGACAGAACCAGGAGUUAGCAGGUUUGAGUCCCACAUUGUUAAUAAAUUUUGGUUACAAA